CGCUCCCUGGCUGGGGUGUAUGUGUUGUGUAUUGGCAGCGGGGCGGCUCCGACUCCCUGACGCCAGUGAGACCAGAUCAAUCCAGGCAGCCGGGGAGAGAGGAGGAGGCGGCUCACAUCCCGGGCUGCUGCUGCUGCUGGGAGGCAUGCGAGCCUCUGCCUACAUUGUGCCCCGCCGACAAGCCGUACCCCAGUGAGCGUUCCCGCGCCGCCAGGAUCUGUUUGGCAACUCUUUACUGUGAUUAGUGGUCUGGACAACUACAAUUUGUAGCUGUGAAGCAGAAACAUAAGACCCUCGAGGACGGUCUCGGACUCUUCAGAGAAGUCAGUGGUUUGUAGGGACUAGUCACGAUGAACGUGACCAGCUUAUUCUCCUUUACUAGUCCGGCAGUCAAGAGACUGCUUGGGUGGAAACAGGGAGAUGAGGAGGAGAAAUGGGCAGAGAAAGCUGUGGAUGCCUUGGUGAAGAAACUGAAAAAGAAGAAAGGAGCCAUGGAAGAGCUAGAGAAAGCCCUCAGCUGUCCCGGACAGCCCAGUAACUGUGUCACUAUUCCCCGCUCUCUGGAUGGCCGUCUACAAGUCUCGCAUCGCAAGGGCCUCCCGCAUGUGAUUUACUGUCGUGUCUGGCGCUGGCCUGACCUCCAGAGUCACCAUGAACUGAAACCCCUGGAGUGUUGCGAAUAUCCAUUUGGUUCUAAACAGAAGGAGGUUUGCAUCAAUCCUUACCAUUACAAGAGAGUGGAAAGUCCAGUUCUUCCGCCAGUCCUUGUUCCAAGGCACAGUGAAUACAACCCACAGCACAGUCUUCUGGCCCAGUUCCGCACCAUGGAGCCAAGCGAGCCACAUAUGCCACACAACGCCACUUUUCCAGACUCUUUCCAGCAGCCAAACAGCCACCCGUUCCCUCACUCGCCUAACAGCAGCUACCCCAACUCUCCCGGAAGUAGUAGUACUUACCCUCACUCGCCAGCCAGCUCCGAUCCAGGAAGCCCUUUCCAGAUUCCAGCAGACACCCCUCCUCCUGCUUACAUGCCUCCUGAUGAUCAGAUGACCCAGGAUAACUCUCAGCCGAUGGACACAAACAUGUUGGUGCCUACCAUCCCUCAAGAAGUAAACCGAGCAGAUGUUCAAGCUGUUGCGUAUGAGGAGCCAAAACACUGGUGUUCUAUUGUCUACUAUGAGCUCAACAAUCGUGUAGGAGAAGCGUUCCAUGCCUCCUCCACAAGUGUGUUGGUGGAUGGCUUUACUGAUCCUUCAAACAACAGGAACAGAUUUUGCCUUGGGCUCCUGUCCAACGUUAACCGCAACUCCACUAUUGAGAACACCAGGCGGCACAUUGGAAAAGGUGUUCACUUGUAUUAUGUUGGUGGGGAAGUAUACGCCGAGUGCUUGAGUGAUAGUAGCAUUUUUGUUCAGAGUCGAAAUUGUAACUAUCACCAUGGAUUCCACCCUACCACCGUCUGUAAAAUACCCAGUGGCUGCAGCCUGAAGAUUUUCAAUAACCAGGAGUUUGCUCAACUCUUGGCCCAGUCUGUAAAUCAUGGCUUUGAGACGGUCUAUGAGCUGACGAAGAUGUGCACUAUCCGUAUGAGUUUUGUCAAGGGUUGGGGUGCAGAGUACCAUCGCCAGGAUGUAACAAGUACCCCCUGCUGGAUUGAGAUUCACCUUCAUGGCCCUCUUCAGUGGCUGGAUAAAGUACUUACUCAGAUGGGCUCACCCCAUAACCCUAUCUCCUCGGUCUCCUAAUGGAGUAGGACAUUUCUGCCUCUUGAUGUGCAGCAGAGCCGUGCAUGUACUUGAAGGAUGUAGGAUUCAGACACAUACAGGCAAAGAGGACUUCCUUUUUUUUUUUUUCUCCUCGUUUAAAUCCGAGAGCCUCAAAUACUUGACGCUUGUGACCAACUCUAAACAGGAACUGUUUGAAAAUGAUCUUCAAGUCCAUAGCACAGUUGCUACCCUAAUGAAAUGUGAUCCCCCCUGAGUCGCAGCAAAUGCUUGCUUUUGGAUUUCUUGUCCACAGUAUAGCAUUGUCAUCUAACAGUGCUUUGUUAGGUUAGACUGUGCGCACAAACUAAAGCGAUACAAUUUGUAUUUUGAGGCUUUCAGUAGUGACCAGCAUUCUCACAAACUAUAUUUUUGGGGGGGGGCAGCAUUAGAAUAAAACCUGAAUAUCCAUUUGAAGUUUUCUGGAUGUCUCGGCUACAUUAAAACAAGUAGUUUCAGUAGUUGUUGUACACAGAAGACUAACGUUUUUUUUUCUUUUUCCCUUACACACUGAACUGUUGGGGUAUAUCGCUUAUUUUGUACAUCUUUCCCCUUUCUUUACAAUGAAGCAUUACGAAUAAUUUUUUUUUGGGGGGGGGGGUGAAGCUGUUCCAGUAAGGCCAUUUCAUAUCUGCUGUGCAAUCCCUUUCAUGUCCUAGUUUAUCCAGUCUGUUGGUACCUUCUUGCAGCUGCCGGUAUGGGUAACAUUUAAACACAAUUUUGUUUUGUUUGUUUUUGUUUUCCCCCCUCUCUGCAGUUUUUAACUAUUUUUUUUUUAAUAUGCUUCACUGUUCUCCUUUUUUGUCGGAGGUGCUUGGAUUGGGUGGGUACUCCCUUAUAGCGGACAUGUAAGAAAUGCCUUUAGUACAUUUUAUUGCUAGAGUAUUCUGCUAUGGAUCAAGCCCAACUCUUUGCUUAAGAGCUAGACCUUUUAAGGGCUUGCAGGAAGACUGGAUUGCAAACAACGCCUGAAUAAAUUUUCUUCCAAGCUUACAAAUUUGGAUUGGUUUGAUAACUCCGAUUCGCGCAAUUUUUUUUUUUUUUUUUUAUAUUGUUACUUUUUGUACUAUUUGUUUUCUCUUAGUCUUUUAUAUUCACAGUUAAGCUGUAGUACUUGUAUAAAGUACUUUUAUUCCGAAAUCUAGUGGAUUGUGUCUGCUAGAAAUUUAAAUAAACUGUCAUUUGCUUACCAGCA